UGUCAGUUACUAAUCUAACAGCGAACGGAACACUUGACGUGUUCGUGUGGGUACUUAUCUAAUGAUCCCAAAACUCUUCCCCCUCCUGCUUCUGUGUGCCCUAUCAUGGCACCACUCGCAUUCGUCCCGCAUCCUUGCGGUGUUCGUAUUCCCUGGCCGCAGCCACUGGAUGAUGAUCGAUGCCAUACUGAAUGGAUUGCUGGACCGGGGCCAUCAUAUCACUGCCAUUGCCAACUAUCCACUCUCUCGGCAGCACGAAAAUUACACCGAUCUUCGGGUGGCACCGAUUUAUGAUUUUUGGAAAAACUCCGUCAAAGUUGAGUCGUUGUACGAUUUGACGGACAUAUCCAUUCAUCGGAUGUUGAUGGACUUCCUGUUCAGUUUGGGACUGGAGACGGCACAGUACGGUUUCACGAGGGAGAACGUGCAGGAGUUCAUUCGGACGGAUGAGAGCCACUUUGAUUUGAUUUUGGCCGAACAGUUCUACCAGGAGGCGUAUUUGAUGUUUGCUCACAAGUAUAAGGCUCCGAUUGUGACUGUUGGAACCUUCGGGUUCGCUCACUACAUGGGACCAAUGAUGGGAAUGAUGAACAUGUACUCGCACGUUCCACACGAGUUUUUGCCGCUCAUGGACAAGAUGACCUUCCCGCAGAGGAUCUACAAUACUGCCGUGUCGAUGUACGAGCAAACGUUGAGAGCUUUCUAUUACCUUCCGAAGCAGGAAGCAAUGGCGCAGCAGAACUUUGGACAUUUGAAGGGACCACUUCCGAAGGUUACCGAUCUUGAACGACAGGUUUCAGUUGUUCUAUUGAACAGUUAUUAUCCUCUGACGACGGCACGUGCCCGGGUUCCCGGAAUGAUUCAGGUUGGUGGACUGCACAUUAAGGAACCCAAGCUUUUGCCGGCGGAUUUGCAGAAAUUCUUGGAUGGAGCCAAGGAAGGAGCAAUCUAUUUCAGUUUGGGAACGAACUUGAAGAGUUCCGAUAUGCCAAGGGAUAAGCUGAAUGCCAUCCUGAACGUGUUCCGAUCGAUGAAGCAGCGAAUUGUGUGGAAGUUCGAAGACGAGUCUGUCAAGGACCUUCCCAGCAAUGUGCUGAUCAAAUCUUGGAUGCCACAGAAUGACAUCCUAGCUCAUCCGAAUGUGAAGGUUUUCAUAACUCACGGAGGUCUGUUGGGUACCCAGGAGGGUGUUCACCGGGCAGUCCCCAUGCUGGGUAUUCCGAUCUACGCUGAUCAGCAUCUGAACAUGAACAAGGCCGUACUGGGCGGUUAUGCGGUCAAGUUGUUCUUCCCGAAUGUCACCGAGACUUCGUUCCGAUGGGCACUGGAGGAGUUACUGCACAAGCCGGAGUACAAGAAGAACAUGGAUAGGGUAUCGGAGGUGUUUAGGGAUCGCCCGGUUCCUGCUCUGGACGAAGCGGUGUACUGGGUGGAGUACGUGAUUCGGCAUAAGGGGGCGCCGCAGCUACGAUCUGCAGGCUUGGAUCUGCCGUGGAUCAGUUUCGCUCUCUUGGAUGUGAUGGCGCUGGCAGUGGGAGUUUUAGUUCUGGUUGGCUGGAUUGUCAGGAGAUUGGUUAUCGCUCUGUUGCGUAGAAGUAGUAAGAAGCGUAAAACUGAAUAAAUGAGUGUUUUUUCUUCUUCUCUUUAAUACUAUAUGUUUAAGAUAGUCACUAGAGUCAAACUAAUUAAUACGGAUGGCAUCACAUGAUGAUGCUGAAGAAGUUUAUUUUUUGCAAAUUUAUGACAUUAAUUCAAUUUAUUGUGAAUGAGCAGAACAUCAACUUUCAAACAAUCACACAAUUUCAGCUAGCUGUUAACUUGAAAGUGACCUUAUUUUCUAAACUGGUACUCUCUACAGGGUGCGUGACGAAUUUUUGCAGUAAAUUUCAAAUAGUAAUUUCUCAUGCUUGUGCAUCAUGAUUUAGAUAUAUUUGGCAGCACUGGAUAGCUUAUACUGUUAGGUGUAAGAUUUAAACAAACAAUGUUGAGUAAACGUAAAGAUGUCGAAA